AUGAGCGAACGACAAAACGGAACGGUCAAGUGGUUCAACGAGGAGAAGGGGUAUGGCUUCAUCACCCCCGAGUCCGGGCCCGACCUGUUCGUGCACUUUAGAGCCAUUGAGGGAAGCGGCUUCAGGUCUCUCAAGGAAGGGCAGGCGGUCACUUUUGAAGCCGUCCAGGGACAGAAGGGCAUGCAGGCGGACAAGGUCCAGGUCAGCAACUAG